AUGCCAAUUGUCUUUCGUGUUGACGUCAUUUUACUAUGGUUCCUCUGGUGUGCUGUUGGAACGGGCUGUGUCAUCUUCAACAAAUCUCUACUUUUGAUAUUUCCGCAUCCACUGACGUCCAGCUUUGGCCAAUUGUUACAUACCUUUACACUUUCGUGGAUUUCAUUGCGUUUUAUUGGAGAAAAAAAGGAGUUUAAAUUUAACCGUUCUCACUACAUUCUUCUGUUAUCUCUCGGCUUAACCAACGUAUUGUCGAUCGGAUGCAUGCAUCUUAGUGUACAUUUGCUCUCUGCUGCGUAUGCUCACAUGGUGAAGUCAACCAUGCCGGUAUUCGUGGUCCUGUACUCGUUUGUCCUUGGACAGAAAUUUCCUUGCAAGACCUAUGUCGCUCUGUCGAUGAUAAUAACGGGAGUUGCGAUCACUUCUCACGGUGAGGCCUCAUUCAAUGGCUUGGGCUUCGCUGCUGCCAUUGGCUCAACCAUGGCGGGUGCAGCGUAUGGAUUUAUCAUGAAGGAGGUGAUGAUCCUCACGAAAUUGCACGAGUUCCAAUUGUUGAGGCUGGUCUCCGGCCUCAGUUUGAUACUUCUGCUACCGGUCUGGCUAAUAGUCGAUUUCAGGCAGAUUUUUCUGUCAACCGACGACCCGCUGCCCAACGCCGCUGCUGCUGCUGCUGCUACAACUAAAAUCCUCUGUCUCCUUCUCGCAGACGGCCUUUCACGCUACCUGCAGAACAGCCUGGGGGUGAUGCUGCUGGCCCGGCUGACGCCUCUCGGCUACUCGGUGGGCAAUGUGUUGAAGCGCCUCUUCAGCAUCCUCUCCUCCCUCCUCUUCUUCGCUACGCCAAUCACCCUACUGCACGUUGUGGGCAUCAGCACCGCAAUGUUGGGUCUUCUAGCCUACAAUGUGGUCAGUGCUGCUCUCAUGUUUUAUCGCAAUGCUUCCAUUUUUUCCUUGCUAAGUUGGUUGUACUCUGAGUAUCACAAUCGUCAGGCCAACUUCCAAGUUGUAGGUAAAAAGUCGAAGGCACCAGUAUGA